GAAGAUUUGCAGUUUUGUUUAACUAAAAAUGCGUUUACCACGAUCCAGACAUUGAAUAUUUAUGUUGCAACGUUAUGGAAUUUUAAUAGUAAUAAGUAAUACGUUUAGAAUCAAGCAGUUUAUCUUUUAAAUAUUUGUUUUCUUAAUUUUAAUUAACAUUUUUCGUAUGAAAUGAAAAAGAGUAAACAUUUUUAAGCAGGUGAGUGUGAUUUGAGAUUGCCGCAGAUUUGGGUGAAAGUAGGAGUAGGAUGUGCCACCUGCUGCUUAGCUCCGCCCCUCCCCUGACCGUUCCCUUCUGAAAUGCGCUAUCUAUAUAGAGUGCUGCUGCAACACAAUCUCUCAUCUAUGGACUGGGGCUCUCUAUCUCUCUUCCCUGAACCGGGCAGUUUCGGUGGGUGCAUUGCUUAAAACGUGGAGAAAGUUGUGGGCACGUGCUCAGUCUGCUUUCACUCGCUCGAAGCGAACAACUCGCACUUCUCGCUCUCGGCCUCCGCAAACUCGUCAUGACGAAAUCCACUUUCAGCUAAAAUUACACUCAAGCUUCACCAAAUUACCUUGAAAAUAGUGCUUCAGUUGAAAUUGUUAAAAUUUUGGUUUCUAAAUACGUACCGAAAAUUAAAACUAAAAGAAGCCUACGAUGAAAAAAUCUGAAAAACAUAUAAAUAGAAAUUUUUCUUUUUUUAAAAAAGAGUUUCACUUUGUUCCGAAAAUUGCAAUUGUUAAAAUUUUGGUUUCAACGUCAUCGAAAAUUAGAUAAAAAUGAACCUAUGAUGGAGAAAUCUGAAGAACACAAAUUAAUAUCCCAAUUGGAAUAAAGAAGAACGAUCGUGCCUCCAAUUUGCUCAGAAUCUGUCACAGUUUUGGUGGGUAGAUAGUAAAAAAAAAGUGGAGAAAGUUGUCGGCUCGUGGUCAGUCUGCUUUCACUCGCUCGAUGGAUAACAACUCGUCUCAUCGCAGUUCCACUUUACUCUUCGUCAGAUAACGUGAAUCUCACUCCUCAAUAUCAGUGAUAAAUUUAUGUGUUUGUAAUUUAUCAGUAAAUUACUGACAACAUCGGUUGAACUUAUGUGUCAUUCUUGACGGGUUCCAUUUUCUCGUGAAAAUUCAAAACAAUGCAAAAUCCAAUAAUAAAUUGUGUCAAAUGAUGUAAAUUAAUGUGCACUUUUUUUCAACUGAGGAGUUUCUGUGUUUGUAGAAAAUAAAUGAGUUGUUUAAAUUCCGAAAGGUGUGUGAUAUGAAUAUUAGCGUUAUUUAUUUUUUACUAUGGGGCACCCUAAAAUUAACUGGAGUACAUGCAAAUAAACAAAAAUCGUUUUCGAAAAUUUAGUUUUAAUUGCUAAGUCGAGCACGUAAUUUACUAUUUUCCCAUGACGAAUGUUACUCAUCUCUUCAAGAAGCUACACGAAUCUGCUUCAAGAUAUUUUAUUUAUCGAGUUUCUGUAUAAUUAGAAACGUCGUCAAAGCUAUACCAAUAUAUAAAUCUGUAUUCCUGGGUAUUUUUCAUGAUUUUUAAUUCCAAUUGCCUGACUUGAUUACAUUUUAUAAGUGACAUGUAAUUUUAAGUAGGCAGCAUCUGUUUAAUGCUAAUUCCUAAUUAAUUUCACGUGAAACUGAAUUAAAUGGUGCUAGCUUCGCUAUAAAAUAAAUACUGUUCUCUGCAUGUGUUUCGGGCAGAUUCGACUGUUUCACAUUCCGUAAAUAAAAUAGCGACGCAAAAAUUGAGAAUCGCUACUACAAAGUUUUUUAUUGGGCAAACAAGUGCGUCAUAAAUACCAAAAUUUAUUCUAUUUGUGUACCGUUCCUUUGUGAAAUUUUUGCGUGGCCUUACUAAAACAUAAUUUUACGGUUAAAUAUUUUAAGUUACAAGAAAUAGUAUAAAAAUUAGCAAGUUAAAUGGUGAAACCAACGCUCGAAGUGAAAGUGAAAUCCGAUACGAAACGGGUGGUUCGAAAUUUCAAGUACAACUCAAAUCUGGGGAAGAAUCUUUUUUAUGCAACGCUUCUGUUUCUCGAGCUGACUCUUUGUCAAGCCUGGAGCUUGUCCCUGGAUGAGAAUGGGCCCCGUUUUUUGGACGAGUGGAGCUCUUCAUACGCUUUCAGUAGCAGAUUGGGCGGCAGUUUGCGCUGUGGGGGGCACGGGUCCCCACAACCACGAGUCGAGUGGGUCUCCCGGGAUGGAUUUCCCGUCGGAAAUGUCACCGGCUUAAGAGAGGUGCUGCCAACCGGAAACAUACGCUUUCUCCCCUUUUCCGUUGACAAGUUCCGACCCGACGUUCACUUUGCGACGCUUCAGUGCAAACUCAGUAAUCCGUCGGGAACAAUCAUCAGUCCGGAAGUCGUGGUUCGUGCAGUGCUGGACACCCCGUUCCACAUCCAAAAUCCGGACGUGGCCGUGAUUCGGGGAAAUAAUGCCAUUUUACGUUGUCUCGUGCCUCCCGAGCUUGUUGACUAUAUUACUGUGACUUCCUGGGUGCAAGAUGGAUCACUCAACAUUUACCCUAACUUCCAGACAGGCAAAUGGCUCCUGCUGCCGUCUGGAGAGUUGCGCGUGUUCAGCGUGGACGAGUCUGACAGGCGAAAGGUGUGGGCGUGCCGAACGCUGCACAAACUGACGAACGAGGUGAUGACGAGUGAAGGGGCGAGAAUUGUUGUGAAAGAACCUGAGGGACCACAAGCGGUGCGAAUAUUGAGACAAAGGGAGACUAAUUUACGCGUUCGCGCCGGUGAAGAAACGCACCUUUCCUGUCACGCGGAGGGAAACCCGCCACCGUCCUUUUCGUGGCAUCGGGAAAUCGACGGUGUUUUAUCUGACCUUCUUCCCACGUCGAAAAGGCCGCCGUCUUCGUCACCGUCUUCCUCGCCGCAGAAUAGCGUGGUCCACGUGGCGCAAGUGCGGCCUCAGGACGCGGGCUCGUACCUCUGCCGCGCCAACAAUUCCCACUCCGUCGACCAAGCCGUCGUUCAACUCGUCGUUUAUGUUCCUCUCCGCGUGCAAGUGUCUCCUCCGACGCAAAUUGUGGACGUGGGGCGAUCCACUUCGCUCCGAUGUCUCGUUUCCGGUUCGCCGGUCCAUUCCGUCGUCUGGCUCAAGGACGGCGUGGCCCUCGCCGACCUGGAAAACGGGCCCAGCUCCUCCCCCAGAUUCCAAGUGGAGCCUCGCGAAGUCUUGAAAUUGGUCCAUGUUCAGCCGGACGACGCGGGGAUGUACCAGUGCCUCGCCUCCAAUGACUUCACGACGGGGCAGGACUCUUCCCAGAUACGGUUAGGAUCCGUCCUGCCCGAGCUGUUGUAUCGCUUUUCUGAACAAACGAUCCAACCUGGUCCUUCCGUAUCGCUGAAAUGCACCGCCGUCGGAAAUCCACCCCCGCAAUUCACAUGGACUUUGGACGGCUUCGCACUGCCGGAAAGUGAAAGAUUUUUGGUCGGCCAAUACGUCACGAUUCAUGACCAUGUGAUCUCGCACGUGAACAUAACGCAGGCCCGGGACGAGGACGGCGGGCUGUAUGCUUGCCAGGCCAGAAACGCCAUGGGCAUCGCUUUCCACACAGGAAGACUCAACAUUUAUGGUCCCCCUUUUGUCCGACCCGUUCCUCCGAUAAAGGGUGUGGCUGGGAAGAAUUUGCAGAUCCAGUGCCCCGUCUCAGGAUAUCCCAUCGAGAGCAUUUCUUGGGAGAGAGGCGGCAGUCUUCUGCCCGUGACGAGAAUGCAGCGCGUCUACCCGAACGGAACGCUGAUUUUGGAGCACCUUCAGAAAACGGACGAAGGGAUCCUCACCUGCCACGCGAAGGGCAGACAAGGACAAAUUUCCUCCAGAGACAUUCACCUUCGUGUUGUCGUUCCGCCGAAGCUGAUGCCGUUCCAGUUCAUGAACACGAUUUUGCGGGAAGGAAUGCGGGCGGCGGUUUCCUGCCAACUGCUCGAGGGCGAUCGACCCAUCGAUCUCGUCUGGGAAUUCGAGGGGAAACCAAUCUCGGGAGGAGUGGCCAAUGGCAUUAUGAUUCGAGUUCCGGACGAGUAUUCCUCAACAUUGGUGAUCGAUUCGCUUUCUUCUGUCCAUAACGGGAAAUACACCUGCAUCGCGGAAAAUUCAGCGGGACGAGAACACUAUUCUUCCGAGCUUACGGUGCAAAUUCCGCCGAAGUGGAUUUUGGAGCCGAGAGACGUCAACGUGUCGGCGGGUCACUCGCUUUCACUUCAGUGCCGAACCGAGGGUCAUCCCACCCCGUCAAUCACUUGGAAAAGGGCCACUGCAGGCAUGCAGCCGGGCGACUACAAGGACAUCCUUUCCCCCACCGGAAGCUCGUCCCCCUUCGCCAACGGCACCAUCAGAUUCGACCAAGUUCGAAAAUCGGACGAGGGGAAUUAUCUGUGCGAGGCGAGAAACGACGUGGGCUCCGGCCUCUCCAAAGUCAUCUUCCUCAAAGUGAACGCACCUGCCAAAUUUAAUCCGGAUGAGCAAGCAGGAAACGCCGUGAUUUCCGUGCGAGUCGGGGAGAAAGCGAUUCUUGGCUGCCGAGUCGGUGGCGACCUUCCAAUUCUGAUCGAAUGGGGCAACAAACACGGCAAAAUUGGGCCACAUUGGAAUCACAGGUACACGUUUCGCCAGCAAGAAUUGGAGGAUGGUAUUUUAUCCGAAUUAUUGAUAGCCUCCGUUGACCGGAGCGAUUCUGGAGCUUAUUCAUGCCGAGCUUCCAACCCUUUCGGGUCCGAUCAUACCAUCGUCACGCUCAACGUGCAAGAGCCUCCGGAGCAGCCAGGUAAUUUGCGGGUGGUUGAGGUGGGGAGCCGAUCGGUGGGGAUUUCCUGGUUGGAAAACUUCAACGGGAACAGUCCCCUCAUCAACUUCAUCAUUCAGAGCAAGUUCCCCUCUGAAACCUGGACUGAAGCCGAAGUCGAAGAACUCGCCGUUCCCGCCACCCAAUCCACCGCGCUGGUCGAAGGCCUAACCCCUUCGUCGACUUAUCAUCUCCGCGUCCUCGCCCAAAACGGGGUCGGCUUCAGCCCGCCCUCGGAAGUCGUGCAGAUCACGACGACCGAGGAAGCCCCCGAAGGCCCGCCCAUCGAAAUCGUGGCGGAAGCGGAUUCCUCGACGAGACUGAGGGUCUGCUGGGCCCCGCCGGAAAGGGCGCUCUGGCACGGGCAGAUUUUAGGCUACUAUCUCGGCUACCGAGAACUCUCCCUCGCUCUGGCCGAUCAUCCCGUGCUGCUUUCACAAGAGGAUGGAAAUGAGGGUGUGACCACGACGGGGGAAAAUGGGAGGAGCUUGCUGCAUUCACAUUUACACGGAAAUUUAGCCGAUUUGCAUGGAUACCACUUUAAAACGGUGGAUGUUGGCCAGGACUUUGGGGGUGAAACGACGAUCGACAAUUUACGAAAGUUUACGCGAUACACCAUCGUUGUGCAGGCCUUCAAUGCGAAGGGUGCCGGACCCUCGAGCAGCCCCACCGUCGCCACCACACUCCAAGACGUGCCCACCCAGCCGCCAGAGAAAUUUGAGUGCAGAUCCACCUCCCCACAAAGUUUGGCGCUGAGCUGGGAACCACCACCGCUCGAAGCGCGACACGGGGUCGUCCAAGGCUACAAAGUGGACGUCCUCGUCGGAGGAGGACAGGACGAGGGGAUGGACAGCCAGGCCGAAUCGGGGGACCAAAUCGAGACCAAAGUGACGACGGAGAGAGACCUCGUUUUGCACGGGUUACGAAAAUGGACCAAUUAUUCCGUCACCGUGCGGGGAUUCACCGUCGUCGGCGAUGGGGCCGUCUCAACCCCGCUCUUGUGCAGGACGGACGAGGACGUCCCCUCUCCACCAUCGGAUUUGAAAGCGGUUGUGUCCUCUCGACGGUCCAUCCUGGUCUCGUGGCUUCCUCCGGCAAACCCCAACGGAAAAGUCACCAAGUUCACCGUCUACAGCAGAAUCUUCGAUGGGACAAAAGUGGAAAAGAAGAUGGUUUCGUUUCCGGACCUUCGCGUGGAGUGGGUGGGGCUGAAGGAGGCCUCCACGUACGAGUUUUGGGUCAGCUGCACGACUCGAGUGGGGGAGGGCACGCCCACCAAAAGAAUCAACGCCACCACCCCAGCCAACAAUAAAGUUUCCGCGAAAAUAGCGACUUUUUCUGGAACGGUGGAAAUUCCGUGGAAGAAAGAGCUGGGAUUGGAUUGCGUCGCGCUGGGCGUGCCAGAACCCACGGUGGAGUGGAGUUUCAACAGUGGUGGGGAAAUCCAUGGGGGAAACGGGAAACGAGAGGUACAACCGAGUCCAGGUGGAAAUACGAAGCUGGUCGUGAAAGACGUCGGAGUGGAGGACGGUGGAAAUUACACAUGCACAGCGACCAACGCGCACGGGAGCGAGAGCGUGGUUUACGUGGUGAAAGUGCAGACCCCUCCUGGGGCCCCCAUCCUCCAAGUCAUCGAGGUCGGAUUCACGUCCUUAAAGGUCGUCUGGUCUACACCACACUCGGGCGGGAGUCAGGUCAGAGGUUAUUUGGUGAGCUACCGUCGAGAUGGUGGCGACUGGGAGGAGACGGAGGUUGGCCCACGUGCGACGGGGCACACGCUGCAGCCGCUCCUCUGCGGGUCCACCUACCAACUCUACAUCACUGCCGCCAACAAAAUCGGGUCCGGACCGGCGUCAGAUAUUUUAACCCGCAGCACGAAAGGCAGUGCCCCGAUUUCGCCCAAGAAGGAGGAAGCCCUUAUCUCGAACCACUCGACGAUCGUGGUGCGUCUGGACCUUUGGAAGGACGUCGGCUGCCCCAUUCUCAGAUUCAUGAUCGAGUACAAAGAGUCCCAGGAAAAAAGCUGGAUGCGAAUUCCAGCCGAGCUUAAUGGUUCUGCCAAGUCGUACACGCUGACGGGACUGCACGCCAACACGCGGUACGACAUUCGCGUCACGGGCGGAAACCAUGCCGGCGACACGUUGGCUAAAUACGAAUUUCUCACCAGUCACGGUGGUGGAAAAUCUCCGGGAGAAAGUAUUGGAGAAAGUCGUGAUGGAGAGAGUGCUUUAGGAGAAAACGAGGCGUCCACGCUGAGCACGUCGCUCCUGAUCGUGUUCCCCUCCAUCCUCGCACUCGCCAUGGUCACCGCCGUCAUCUCAUUCUUCUGCUAUGUCCGGAGAAAACGAAUUUUGGGCAUUCCACACCCGAAAACGGUGAUUGGUGACCACAAUUACACCGGAUCUGGCGAUGGGACGUCCUAUCUUGACCGUGGAGGAGGUCAAGGUCAAGGCCAAGGUUACGGUCAGGGUGGAAUCAUGUACGACGCAGCCACUCCGCACCAGCAUUACACGCUCGUGAAGGGGUCCCAAGGCCAGUACCCGCCUGAUCUGACCGCACAAUAUGCCACCAAAAGCAGAGACCUUGCAGGAGACUAUGGGGACGACGUUUGUCCGUAUGCGACCUUCCAACUUCCCGAGAACCCGCCGACACGUCCCCUGCUCACGAAAGGGCUGGGCGGCAGUGGGGGUUUCCACACGGGGGACACGCUCUACAACGUGGGAAACGUCUACUCCGGACCCUACCACGCCGUUCAGUCGCAAAAUUUCAUGGCCACGCUUUCUCUCAGAGACGCCGAAUACAUGAAAUCUGGUCGAUUAAGCAAAGUUGGUUGUGACGAUGAGGACACCGAAGUGACCAAAAUCCUGGCCAUGCACAUGCCCCCACUCGAGUACGACCCCACCUACGUAAAUGAUGGCGCCAUUUCGCCAAAAUAUCACCACCCCCACAACCAAUUCUCAUCCUCCUCCCACCACAACGACUACGCUUCGCAACAGCAACGACAAAUCAUUCUGCAACAACAACAAUAUCAUGAACAACAAGUUGGCACAUUUAGACGCCGAAAUAGACAAGAUCACAUCCCCACCUCCGAAGAAAUGGAGUCUUCCUCUUCUUCCCUGGAUGACGAAUCUUCUCCCACCGCGGGUCGCACCUCGGGCAAAGGAGGUCGCGCCUCUUACUGCGCGGGGCGACCCCACCAACGCCAUCACCACAAAAGUAGUAAAAAGUCCACCUCGGGAUCCUCAAAUAGUGGGGGCGGCGGACAAAUCAUUCCGCGCGUCCGGUCCAGCUCUGGGUACUCCUCGCACACGGAGGAGACUUCUUUCACCACGACGGCACAACCGCCCCCAAAGUUAUCCGACGCGGAGGAUCAGCUUCUUCACAGAAAUGACGACGUUCUUGGAGCGAAAGCGUUUUCAAUGAAGCGAAAUCAGGGGAAACAACAACAGCAAAGGCAAUUUCGAAGUAAAACUAAGGGAGGCUUCCAUAUCGAUGUUUGACACGAUUAGUGCGGCACUAGGCCGGGGAGAAAGUAAAUUUAUUGUGGAAAGUGUAUGAUAAUUUGGGAAGAUGAAAUACAGGUUAAAGUCGGUUUUAAUUAUGCCCAUUUUUACAAAGUUAUAAAAUAGUUUUAUAAGUUAUAUUAAAUAUCUUUUAUCUUUAGAUAUUCAAUGUAAAAUUAUGUAUUAGUAAUAAAUUUAAGAAAAACUAUAAAUAUGCUGUUAACGGAUAAGAAGCGGUGUUAUCUACUUAUGUCUCGUUUUGUAUACAUACAUAAUUGUUAUACCUGAAAAUAAAAUGUUAAUCACAUCAUUCCAAA